CACGACAAAUGAAUCACAGAAAAAAACAAUCCAAACAAGUAAGAAAUCCACACACAAAUUGCGCGUGUGCGUGUGAAGAAGCUUCAAACCGCCCAACACCACCAGCUCCACGCCGAAUUACGUGUACUCUACUCCUCCACCACCUCCAAAACUCCGACCUACACACAACCCCUCCCCAAUUCAAACCCAACCCAACUCCCAAAAUCCCUCCUUUCCCCUUCCCAUCUCCUCAAUUUCUUCACCCAUGGGCCCGAUCGUCCUCGCCACCGGCCUCAGCGUCUUGGCCGGCGCGGUUCUUGUGAAACAGGCGAUGGAUCAGAGCCCUAUGAUGGGCCCCAGGUGCCCCAGCUGCAACGGCACGGGCCGGGUCACCUGCAUGUGCACGCGCUGGAGCGACAGCGAUUACGGAUGCCGGACCUGCGCCGGGUCGGGCCGGAUGGGCUGCAGCAGCUGUGGUGGGUCUGGAACGGGCCGCCCGAUUCCGGUUCAGAUAGCGGUUCGCCCUCGCCCGCCUUCUUGAGGAUUGUGUAGGAUGACAUCUGUAUGUAUUGAUUUGAUUAUUUCUUGGAGAAGACAGAGAGAGAUGAGUGUUGGGAAUUGAUGUUUUAAGGUGUAAUUAAAAGUAUGAAAUUUAUGAAAUUUUCUGUUGAUAA